AUGGUAGGUCAGCGUGCCGCCCGAAAAGCAGCUGGUCUCAUCGUCAAGAUGGUUCAGGACGCUCGUAUCGCUGGCCGGGCUAUCCUCAUGGCCGGCCCUCCCAGCACAGGCAAAACCGCAAUCGCGAUGGGCAUGGCGCAGACCCUCGGCUCCGAUGUUCCCUUUACCAUGCUUUCGGCCUCCGAAGUUUUUUCGCUCGAAAUGAGCAAGACUGAAGCACUCAUGCAGGCAUUCCGCCGAUCGAUCGGCGUACGCAUCCGCGAGGAGGCAGAGGUUGUUGAAGGUGAAGUCGUCGAGAUCCAGAUCGACCGAUCCUUGACCGGUGCAACAAAGACGGGCAAGCUCACUAUCAAGACCACCGACAUGGAGACCAUUUACGAGCUUGGAAACAAGAUGAUCGACUCGUUGCAAAAGGAGAAGAUCACCGCAGGCGACGUGAUUGCUAUCGACAAGGCGAGUGGCCGCAUCACCAAGCUCGGCCGCAGUUUCACUCGUGCCCGGGACUACGAUGCCAUGGGCAGCGAUACAAAGUUCGUUCAGUGCCCCGAGGGAGAGCUGCAGCGAAGGAAGGAUGUGGUUCAUACCGUUUCGUUGCACGAGAUCGAUGUCAUCAACUCGCGCACACAAGGAUUCUUGGCGCUGUUCUCGGGCGACACGGGAGAGAUCAAGCCAGAGCUGCGCGACCAGAUCAACACUAAGGUGGGCGAGUGGAGGGAAGAGGGCAAAGCCGAGAUCGUGCCCGGUGUACUCUUCAUCGACGAGGUGCACAUGCUCGACAUCGAGUGCUUCUCGUUCCUCAACCGUGCGCUCGAAUCCGAGUUGGCACCGCUCGUCAUCAUGGCAUCCAACCGUGGCAUCUGCCGCAUCCGUGGCACACGCUUCCGCUCACCGCACGGCAUCCCCAUCGACCUCCUCGACCGCGUGCUCAUCAUCAGCACCAAGCCGUACGAGCUCUCCGAUCUCAAGCAGAUCCUCACCAUUCGUGCUGCAGAGGAGGAGGUGUCGCUCCAACCCGAGGCGCUCGAAGUGCUCACCCGCAUGGCAUCGGAAACGUCGCUACGAUACGCCAUCAACCUCAUCACCACCGCAAAUCUAGCAGCCAAGCGUAGAAAGGCAGAUGCGGUCGAGGUGGCCGACGUGCGCAGGGUGUACAACUUGUUCGUCGACGAGAAGCGCAGUGUGCAGUACCUCAAGGAGCACGCCGAGCAAUUCAUGAACGAGUCGGAUGAGUACGGUGACGUUGAUGGGUUGGCAUCAGGAGCGCCGAUCAUUGGCCGUCAGGCUGCGGUUGGUGCUGUUCAGGCCUAA